CCUCCAUCUCAUAGUCAGACAUCGUUGUGUGCGCAUCAGAGCCAGAAGCUACUCCAGAGAGUACCUGAAGCAAGCCAUCAGCACUCUAAAAGGCACUGUUCUUCUAACUAUAAACCAAGUGGUCAAGCAGAAAAGGCGGCUUUAGUCCCGGACAGUAAGUCUACUUAAGGAAAAAAAAAGUUACAAACCUACCAAAAACCAUCAAAAUGAGUUCGGAAAAGAGUGAAAUUGAAACCGUUGCCGCCGGAGAAGAAAAGACCACCAAGGAAACCAAGGAAGCGACGAAAGGCGUCAAGCGGCCGGUCGAGGAGAAAGCCACAGAAUCGAAAAAGGUGAAAAAAGACGAUGAUGAAGCCGGUGAGGAAGAAGAGGAAGAUAUUGAUGAGGAGGGUGAGGAACUAGAGGAAGGCGAAGACGAUGAGGGCGAGUUUGACUACAACGAGGAGGAAGACCUCGAUGGCGAAGACGAAGAAGACGGUGAGGGUGAGGACGAGGAGGAUGGCGAGGAGGAGGAUGAGGAUGCGUAAAAUUGUAAGAAAAAACCCCUUAACAAAAAAAAUUGUAUGCUAAAAAACGCUUCAGAGUGACAGUGAAAAAUCCUAUAAGUCUCCUUAGUUAUUGGAUAAUUGGCCAGAUAUUUUUUAGGGCUCCACACAGCACCGAAAAAACCAAAGAUCAGAAAGCGACGAAACGGAUUUUAACAUUUCCCAGCAACUAGACGCAUUUAUAGUGAGAGCACACGACGCUUCCAUUUUCAUUUCAUUUUUAAGGUUAUGUUACCAAUCGGCGGCGCUGUCCCUCCAUUUUUAUUUUCUUCGUUCACAAAUCACGAAGCUUACACAGCAGGGCCCCCGUUAGUUUCAGAACCAAAAAUUUUGACAAUGUUUCGUCCAUUAAACGAUUAUUCCCCGUUUAUAAAGGGGUAAUGAAUUUGGUUUUAUAGAUCAUGCAAAUAUGUAUAUUGUGCGCAUAAGAAUAAAAAAAAAACAAUCGGAGCCCUAGAAAAUGUCCUCCCAAUUUCCGCGCAAAAAUCAACAAUUGUAUGUAAAGACACUGUAAAGACUGUAAACGAGUAAAAGAAGAAAAUACUUUGUGUAGCUUGUCUGUGGAAUGGAAUGAAUGGAUCAAUAAAUGCACACUUUUGAAACGAAGCGGUUUUUCUAGCGCGCAAA